GACCCUGUCAUAUUAAACAGAAAGUUUAAUCAAUCAAAGCUUACUCAAGGUAAAAUAGCAUUAGUAAGAACUUAACCAGUCAAGCCAAAAUAUCCACAAUGUUUCUUUUUUAAUAUUCUGUACUUAUGUAAUUUCUAGAUAAUGGGAAUUCGUGGCCUCUCCACGUACAUUCAUGAGCAUCUCAGUGAUGUUCUGGAGCGGCACAAGCUUCAUCAUUGCAGAAUUAUCAUUGACGGCAACAACUUAGCUCAUACCCUGUACUAUGAAUGUACGGGAAUAAAUUGUGUAUUUGGCGGAGAUUAUGAUAAAUAUGCCAGCUAUGUGGAACAGUUCUUUCAGAGGUUACAAUCAUGUGCGGUGGACACCAUUGUUAUUAUGGACGGUGGGCAGCCAUUGGAUGCCAAGAAGAUGAGGACAGUGAGAGAGAGAAUCCAAAACCAAAUCUUCAUGUGUAUUAGUGUUGAACCCAGUAACCAGAUGAAUUCAAAACUCUUCCCCUGCAUGGGGCGCCAAGUUUUUGUGACAACAUUACACAAAAUGGGAAUUAUGGUCUUACAAACGGAUUUUGAGGCAGAUGAAGAAAUUGCUAUGUUGUCCAAGAAAUUUGGUUUUGAAGUUCUUAGCAAUGACUCUGACUUUUAUAUGUGUGAUGUUCCAUUCAUUUUACUACAGACCGUCAAUCACAAGAAAAUAUGCACUGAAAAGACCAAGAACUCAACAAAGACCUUUAAUUAUAUGACCUGCCGUCACUUCAGCGUGGAGCGUUUUUGUGAGUUAACAGGGAUGGACCGUGCACAUCUACCACUCCUUGCAACAUUAUUAGGUAACGACUAUUUGGCAUUUGAUGUCUUCACUGAUUUUUAUGCACACUUUGAUGCUGGAGGAAAGAAACAUAAGUAUAUGAAACCACGUAAUGUGAUAAUCAAGAAUGUCAUAUCAUGGUUAGCAAGUCAGAAGGGAAGAAGUACAGAAGAUGUCAUUCAAAAAGUGGUUACACUCGCCAAUCGUAAGAAGUUAAAGCGCAAGAUACAAGAUUCAGUGAACCACUACACUGAUAUGAAAACCAACCUUCUUAGUUUUAUUUCUUUAGACUCUUGUGUUAAAUCCACCACAGAGGAACUGGGGGAACCUAAGUCCUUCUUGUAUAACAAUGAUUCUCAGUUUCUUAGUUGUUUACUGGAAACAAAAACUUUGACUAAAAAUUCUGAGAUAGAAACAGAUUUAGUUUUGAAGGAUGGCAGUAAACUUCCAAACUGGUUCAUGGAAGCUUAUCGCAAAAACAGGAUUCCACACGAGGUGGCAGAUAUUUUAACCCAGAGUUAUUUUAUUUCGCCCCCGCAAGUGGAAGAGAGAUGCUCAGACUGUUCAUACUUGGUUGUGGAGUCAAUUGUUAAGUCAAUAUACACUAUGCUGUGGCACAGUGUAUGUAGCCAUCAUCUUAACUCUCAUGAUAAAGAUGCUAAUAUGGUCAAGGGAAAGGGAGUUCAAGGAAAGUUACAAUAUAUUUCAUCCACUGGAGACUAUGGUCAGACAGGAGAGAGAGAUGAUCAUUAUGCCUCAAAUGUGAUGUAUGAUUCUGAUGUAGUGGUGGAGGAAGAUGAGGAAGAGAGUGGAGAAGACCCAGUAAAUAGUGAAUUAGAAGAAAUGCCACAACUUGAAGAGCAUCAUCAGAGAAUGGGAGAAGAAGAGGUUAGUGAUGAGGAAGUACCAGAAACAGCUGAAGACUUAAAAUUGGAUGAAAUGUGUGAAGAAGAUGAUGAUGAUACUGAAUUUAUGGUAUCAGGUAGAGAGAUCAGAACAAGAACAUAUGGCCUCAAGUGGUAUAUGAGAAAAGGGAAUAAACUUUGGAUUAAAACUCUUUCACAUUUGCCGAAGAAAAAAGCCAGAGCUUUGCCUUCUCUCAGUGAAGUUGGUUCAAUGUCUGCCUCAGAAAAGAAACAAGUAUUCUACUCUAUGCUUGGUUCAGGCACUGAAUUUAUGGAUCUUGAUAUGCCUGGUGACCUAGAGCUAAUUCUUGACUUCAUUAUUUACUGGUUCAGAAGUAGCAAACUGCCACUCAAGGAUCACCAUGCCUUAGCAGUGUUAAUGUGUGUAUUUAUGUUUUAUAUUAUUGAUGGUAAAAUGGGAAGAGUCAGAACAAAGAAAGAAUUUGAAGAAAUCGAAAAAUGCAAGGUUAAGGUGUCAGAUUUAUUAAGUGAUGCAACAUACCACAACCCACAUGCAAGUGUGAAGGAUCUCCUUGUGCACAUAUCCCAUGAAGAAUGCCUGGUAGCUGGCUAUAAUCUUUUUAAGUUCCACCAUAUGGAUCAAAAGAUCAACAAUAAAUACUACAGCAGGAAAACUGUUCAUGCCUUCAGUGAAUACCAAGCAUGCAUAUAUUUUAUGCAACUCUUGAACAGUUUGCUGUGUUCACCCUUCCCCAUGUUAAGUGUUGAAUGUCUUUGGGGUGGGACCUUCUGUUACAACAUUUUCCAUGAGCUAAAAAAAAAAAAAUCAAACCCUUUAGUUAAGAUUACCAAUUUUUUAGGAAGAGGAACUUGUCUUGAAAGGUUAUUUCUCAAGCUCUUCAAAAGGUUAGGUGUAGUUUUGAACUUACAGAAGUGUACCAGUAUGGUAGAGUUUGUGGAAAAUAUGAAAGUCCCUAAGAAAAAAUAUAAAGAAACAAACUCAAAUACUGAGAAAGAGGCUGUUGAAGAUACCAAGAUUAUUGAGAGAGAAAAAUGUCAGAACCUAACUGACGGAAAGGACACAAGUACAGAACUUUCGGGGAGAAAUAAAGUGAAGGAUACAUGCAAAGAAUUGUUACAAACGAAGAGAAAUAAGGAAGAAUUGUGUCGACUGGUCAACAACCGCUUUGCAGAACUUGUUCUUGACACAGACUCUGAUAGUGAUGGUUAAAUGGCCUUACUCUGACUUCAUUUGACAUGAAUCACUUGGGUCAAGUUGAAUAGAGUCAGUUGGUUGAAAAUCAUACAGCUUUUUAACUCGGGGUAUGACAGUGGUUGUGACAGCUUCUACACCUUAAGUAGAGUAUUGUACCUUUACUACUGGUCUGCCAUACUGUACCCAGUAAUCAUGGACAUCCACUGGAAACUGUACUGUAGAUUAAACAUUACAGUACUGUGUAUACAUUGGUAAUAUUCUCUCGCUCACUGUUUCUUGCUACAUACUGUUAAGAAUGUUGGGUCUGGUUAGUACUUUGUUUGGGUGACCUAACAAAACUAGAUGCUGUUGGCAUAGGACUCUACUGGAAACAAGCCUCUCAUGGCUUUGUUAGUUGUCCUUGGUUAAAUUGACUGAAUAUCGAUUAUUAGUUGCAUAUACUGUAUAUAAUUUAGAGCAAAUUUAUAAUACAGGUUGUACCUCUCUAGUCUGGCAUUCUGUGGUCCGGAACGAUUUUAGUUUGCCCAUGGAGAAAAUUAAUUUGAGUGGUACUU